ACACUAGUUGCCGAGGAAAAUAUAAACAGAUUUUGCUAUAACAAUUGUUAUAGAAUAAUGCUUACCUGAAACAAAUAUAAGCUAUUACUGGCUAGAAAAACCAAUAAUAUCAAGCACCAGAGAUCUCACAAACAAUCUUAAAACUUUCCUAAAAGUAAACACGACCUAAGAAAGCUUAAAAUGAGCCACUUGGGCCACAUUGCGGAUGUCCACCAGUCGCAGGACGCCACACCGGACAUGGAAUCCUUCACGGGCUUCGGAAAUUCAGCAGCCGAGGCCUUCAUUCAAAGCCUGGCCGGAAUGGUGAAUCAGGGCGAUGUGGAGACCAUGAUAAGAGCGCAAAAGCAAAUGCUGCAGCGCUUCGAGAAAACCAACGAGAUGCUGCUUAACUGCAAUGCCCUUUCCCAGAGUCGCCUGAAGAGUGCCAGCGAGGACUUCAAACGACAUGUCAAGUGCCUCAACGAUAUGAAAAAGGAUCUGGACUACAUAUUUCGGAAGAUACGGGUCAUCAAGCAGAAACUGCAGCAGCAGUUCCCCGCCAUCUACGCCGAGGUGCAGCCACAGCGCAGCAGCUUGGCUGAGGAGGCCGAGGAUGAUACGGAAGCCCAGGCCAAAAGGGUAACAGAAGCAGCAGUUCCAACUGCAGUUCCGGCAGCCAAGAAGACAACCCCUGCCACCAUUGAGUACGUACAAAUGGAGGAGGCCGUGGAUAAUGGCACUGUGGAGAUCGAAAACGAGCUGAUCAAGCGGGUGUGCUCGGUGGAGACGGCCAAUCCCAAUGACUCCUCCGACUGCACAUCCGAGGAUACAGGCUAAACAGUAAACAUUCCUCUACUUAGUUAGCUUUACGUUUAAUUGCUUAAAAUAUAAUCUGGUACUUGUACUGCUUGGGUACCUUGGAGAUUA